AUGCUGGUGCUCCUGCCACCAUGGUCAAUCCAGAGUAUCUUGCGUGGCUCCUACUUCUCCAAUGACGCUACUUCUUCCUCACAGCCUACAUGUCAAAUUUGUGGCAAGUUGGACCACACUACCCUCCGAUGCUAUCAACGGCAGGAAUCAACCUCUCCAUCUGAAUCUCAACACAGUCCACAAGCUUAUUACUCUUCUCCUGCCCUGCCUAAUGAGGACAACUGGUACCCCGAUACUAGGGUGACUCAUCACGUUACUAGUGAGCUCCAACAUCUCAAUCUCUCAACUGAGGACUACCAUGGUCAGGUUCAAAUCCGUGUAGGAGAUAGAACAGGUUUGCCUAUAACUCACAUUGGUUCUACAUCUCUCACUCUUACUCGUCGUCAAUCUCUCCUUAAACAACUCCAUGUUCCUUUAAUUUGCAAAAAUCUUCUCUCAAUUCGUAAAUUUGCUCUUGCUAACUCGAAACAUCACCACAUCCGCGCCAACGUUGCUAAUAAGAGGCUCUCAGGCUCCAAAGAAGGCACCCCGAUUUACAGGACCAGGAUUGCAGUCACCAACGGGCUGCGCAAGAAGCUCAAAGAACUUAUGAUGGACUUCCAGGGGCUGAGGCAAAGAAUGAUGUUCGAGUACAAGGACACUGUGGGCAGACGCUACUUCACCGUGACGGGGGAGUACCCAGACGAGGAGGUUAUAGAUAAGAUCAUCUCUAACGGAGGCAAGGAGUUUCUGGGAAGGGCGGUGCAGGAGCACGGGAGGGGGAAGGUGCUGGAGACGGUGGUGGAGAUACAGGAUAGGCACGAUGCGGCCAAGGAGAUCGAGAAGAGCCUGCUGGAGCUGCAUCAGGUGUUUCUGGACAUGGCCGUGAUGGUGGAGGCGCAGGCUGAGCAGAUGGACGACAUUGAGCACCAUGUCAUGAAUGCUGCCCACUAUGUCAAGGAUGGUAGCAAAGAUCUUAAGACUGCAGUGGGGUACCAGAGAAACAGCAGGAAGUGGAUGUGUGCCGGUUUGAUACUUCUCCUUGUGCUGAUUCUUGUUGUGGUCAUCCCCAUAGUAACCAGUUUCAGCAAUUCUUGAAUGUCUUAUUUUCUUCUAUCUUGGGAGUGUAAUAGGCUCAACUGGUUUGGUUGAGGGAAUUAAUCAUCCAAUAA